GGAAAGCCAUUGGCGAGUCAAGAACUGUUCUUAAAUGCGACGGUAAAAAUCAUUAGUCGUAUACUUUUGGGUUCCAGAUUCGACGUCAACGAUCCCGAUUUCCUCCACAUUAUCGAUGUAGUUUCAACAUCUUUUACAAACGAGGGAACGUUUUCAAUGCUCAACGUGUUCCCAAAACUGGGCUUUUUACCGUGUAUAGCAUCCAAAUUAAGAGUACUUUUUGACAAAGUUGACACAGUACGAAAUUAUCUGUCUGGACAAAUUAGUGAACACGAAAAGCAACACACAAAAGAUAAACCAAACGAUUUAAUUGACGUUUACCUGUUCAAAAAAGAUCAAGAUGACGGAAUGGAAUUAGUUAGCAAAGGUGAUCUUGUAAGACUUAUCUUGGAGGUAUUCCAAGCAGCUUCGGUUACAACAACGAUUUCUUUGAACUGGGCGUUACUGUAUAUGAUUCUACACCCAGAGAUACAAAAGAAAUGCCAAGACGAGAUUGAAAGCGUUGUUGGUACCAAUCGGAUGGUACAUUGGUCAGACAGAUCUAAGCUGCCUUACACACAGGCAACUCUUCUGGAAAUUCAACGUGUUGCAAGUGUUACCGCAACAUCUAUUCCACACACACCAACCAAAGAUGUCGUUCUAUCAGGUUUCUUGAUUCCAAAGGACUGUAUAGUUCUUGCUAAUUUGUAUAGUUGUCACUUUGACGAACAAAUAUGGGACGAACCCUUAGUUUUUAAGCCCGUAAGGUUUCUAAAUGAUGCUGGAAACCCGACAAAACCUCCUGCUUUCAUGCCGUUCUCUACGGGCCCUAGAAGUUGUCCAGGUCAAACUCUUGCCAUAUUGGAGUUAUUUGUAUUUUUUACUAAUAUUUUACAGAAGUUCUCUCUGACUGGUAGUGGUGAGUUGAGUACAGAUGGUAAUUAUGCCAUCUUCUUGUCGCCACCUCCAUUUCUUAUUCAUGCAAAAAGUAGACAAUAG